AUGGCUGGGUCAAGGUCAGUGGAAAUGACUGGCUCAGGACAAGAGACAACUAGGACAGAGUAUGAAUCAGUCAAGGGAGGCAUUGUGGCUAGGAAAGCCAAUCCAAAGCCAAAGCCGAUUACAAAAGUCAAUAACGACAAGAAGGGGACCAAUAUUGUGGGUUCAACAGCAUCUGCUACUAAUGUAGGGAAUAUUCUAAACUCCGUCAUAGAUACAACACAUGCUAUGAUUCUUUCAGAGAUCAUGGUGGAUGAUGUUAAGUUGCAUGGGAAAGACCUGGGACCUAUUGUAGCUGGAGUAGUUAGGAAGCACUUGGGUCCUGAAUUGGAAAGCCUCAUGAUGGUUUUAAAAAAUGCAGUGUACACACAAGGAUUUACUGGAGGGAUUGGAAGUCGAUCUCCAUCUAGAUGA